CCUGGCCGUAGAAGCAAAGCGGAAAGAAAAUGGCGGCCGUGGCUGCGGAGCCAGGAGCUAUUGCGGCAUCAACAACAACAGCGGGGAACGGUGGUGAUUACGAACCGGUGCCGGGGGCCAAAAUCGACUCCGAUGCGACGCAGGAGUACGCACCAGUAAUGGACCUUGUUCACCAACUCAAGGAUGGGGAUGCAGUUCAGGAAUGCAGCCAGGUCCAAAUGGAGCUAGUGAGCAGGCCAGACCUAGAAGCAGCGGGAAAAGCCCUCGCUGCUCGUGCAGAGGAUGAACACAUCGAGGCAGGCUGUCUCGGGGUCGGCGUAGAAAAAACCGAGAACCAUGCUCGUGAGGGCUAUGGUUCGAAAUACACCAUGUCGAGGGCAGAACGUUUGAAACAGUUUUUUUCGCCAAAUGUUGAACCUGCAAACGAGGUCAGUAAGCACGAGCCCUACGCCUGCCUUCAGAAUAGCUCAAUCUCCGAUUCACAGCCAUCGGUGGUCUUUUUGCAUUCGUUCCCUGCGCAACCUGUAGCAACGGAGGCUGGGCUGUCGUUAGCAGAACCAGCAGAACCCAUUAUCGAUUACUAUCAGAACCCAGAAUUAACCCAACCUACUAGUAUCGAGUGUGACUAUAGAGCUUUAAUUAAACCGUCUCACGAGGCUGAACUGGAUCCUGAACCCGCAGAUGAAUUUCCUUCUGGCUCCGAGUACAAGAACGACGACUCCUCGGAAGCUGCUUCGCUUGAACGUCCCCAGUCCAUAGACCACGUCGACUCUCUACCGAUUCUAGAGAGGGAGACAGUCAUUGGGACACCCAUGGAGACUGGUUACAUGUGUGACUUUUCGAGCAUCACAACCCAGAACCCUCCGAGACCCGAGGUUCCUGUAAUGCCAGUGGACCCGGUUCCCACCUUGGCAGAACUGGGAGACUCGCGCUCACCACAGAGGUUCGAAACGAACUUCAAUGAAAGCGAUCCAGUAUCGAAACCUUCUCCCGCUGUGUCCGGUUCUGAAACUGGGGAUGUACAGGCCGAGUCAGUGGACAACCUGAUACCUGGGUCCGAGGUUCGAGUAUCUCUGGAUCACAUAAUAGACGACGCACUGGUGGUGUCCUUUCGGUUAGGCAAGAAAAUCUUCUCCGGGGUUCUGAUGGACCUCUCUAAAAGGUUUGGACCCUAUGGAAUUCCAAUCACUGUGUUCCCCAAGAGGGAAUACAAGGAUAAACCUGAAUCUAUGCAGCUAAAGACGGAACAACUCCAGCCAGAGUCUGGGAAGGUGGAAAAGCCAGUCCAGGAAAACCCUGAUGGCCAAGUCGUCGCAAUCCCUGAACCAAACCCUGACCCCCAGCCUGAGCCUAACCCAUGGACUUCAAAACCUCCCCCACUGUUUCAGGAAGGAGCCCCUUACCCUCCGCCUUUGUUCAUCAGGGACACCUACAACCAGUCGUUACCUCAGCCGCCUCCCCGCAAGAUCAGGCGGCCCAAGCGCAGGCUGUACCGCGAGGAGCCCACCUCCAUCAUGAACGCCAUCAAGUUGCGGCCCCGCCAGGUGCUCUGUGACAAGUGCAAGGGGGCUGUCACGACCGUGGAGAAGAGGGAGCCACGCAGAGGCCCUGGGUCGGACUCUAGGGGCGAGGACGCCAAGCGGAGACGCAACGACAGUGCAGCCACUGUCAGCAAGCGGCCGCGUAAUGACCCCCGCUCAGAGGAGAAGGGCCGUGCUGCUGAGGUGGCCAAACGGCAGGUCUCCUCCUCUUCCUCCUCUCUGGUCCAGGUGAAGGGCGGAGCUGGAGGGAACAGGGUCCUGAGGGCAACCUCCACCACAACAUCAUCACCGGUCAACAGCGGCUCCAGAGUCCAGCUCAAUGCCAAGAAAGUGCUGCGGAGCAAAAAUGUUGAUCACUCCAAGGCCCGGGAGGUGCUGAAACUGGCCAAGGCCCAGAAGAGGCAGAGGGAGACUACGGUGGUCACUGACAGCAGUGGCAACGCCAAGACGAUGACGAGGGCAGCCGCCCUGCAGGAGGCCCACGCACACCAGAAGGUCCACUUCACCCGACGGCUGCAGCAGAUCAGCGGGGUGGGACCAAGCAACGCCACCCCUCUCCCACCCAGGAUGCGCAUCAAGCCCCAAAGGUACCGUAGUGAAGAGAAUGACUCUUCUACAUGUAAGCCGCCUUGCCUGGAGAAAGUGCCAGGAAGUGACCGUUUGUCCCCUCCAAAGCCAGACGCGCCCCACUGCACCGCCACACACUCCUCCUCCUCCUCCUGCUCCACAGGCCAAGCCACUGCUGCUGAAAGCCAGGGCCCAGAUAACGGGCCAGAACCUGAGCUCUAUCCUCAGCCCCAGCCCCAAGUGGAGCCCCCCACAGCCAUGGAGCACGGCGACCCCAAGGCGGAGCAGGGUGGGCAGGAGGAGAGGCGGGAGACGCGUGGCAGCAAGGCUGGCAACCUUGUCGUUUACAUGACCCUUAACCCCGGCCAGCCCGACUCCUCUAAUACGUCCAUGUGCAGCGUUGAUAGUGCAGACGACUUGAAGUCCUCAAACUCAGAGUGUAGCUCUACCGAGACCUUUGACUUUCUCCCUCCCGGGGAUUUGCACACGCCCCCCGCCCCCGGCACGUCCUCAGCAGUCGCUGACCUGUCGCCUGCCCCUACGGAAGAGAAAAAGCCCUGUAAAUCUCAGAAAGUAUUUUCAAAAAAUGUGUCUAAGUGUGUCUCUCUGGAGGGCAGGACCAUUUGCGUAGGGGACAUCGUUUGGGCCAAAAUAUAUGGCUUUCCCUGGUGGCCAGCCCGCGUCUUAGGCAUCCAGAUCAGCCGCAAAGAUAAUGGGCUCUUAGUCAGGCAGGAGGCCCGUGUCGCCUGGUUUGGUUCACCCACCACCUCCUUCCUGGCUCUUGCACAGGUCGCCCCCUUUCUAGAAAGCUUCCAGUCACGCUUCGACAAGAAGAGAAAGGGCUUGUACCGUAAAGCCAUCACAGAGGCAGCCAAGGCUGCCAAGCAGCUCACUCCCGAGGUUCGCGCCUUGCUUACGCAAUUUGAGACGUGAGGUGGUGCUGUGGAGAAGAGGAAAGUGCUGCAACGCUGAAGGGCUGCUGACGGGUCCUUUAAUCCUAACACUGCCAUUGGUUGCGAGACUGUCGGACGGAAGGACGUGUCCAGAAUUGAUGGCGACACGUCAUGGACAUAAUUAUUUUUUAUUUAAGUAUCGGAAGAAGGAACAUUUAUAUAUUUAUAAUGAAUAGCAGACCUACUCCUCCGGGCCUAUCCAUCGGAUUUGUUUUGAGCAGGCGUCCAGUUCCGCAAGCAUGUGACCUUAGUUUGAGUGAAGACAUCUGCAGUAGAUGAGCACACGUGGGUUCUCUGACUGUUUAUUGAUUACAUUGAAUACACACGUUGUGACAGGACACAGGAUUUUGCAGGGUUUUAUAGUGCGUUGAUCAGUGAUCUUAAAAUGCAAAGAUAAGAAGAGAGCUUUGGGCCAGUAACAGAAAGGUUGCUUGUUCGAAUCCCCGAGGCGACUAGGUGAAAAAUCUGUUGAUG